AUGAAGGUCUAAAAUGUGGUUAAAAAAUGUGAAAUUAUGAUUCAAUUUCGAGAUGUUUUUCAACUUAAUUAAAAUGAUAAUGAUAUUUCCCCUUCAACUAAGCAGAUCAUUGGAAGAAGUAAUGAAGAGUUGAAGUAAUAAUAAGAAGAAUUGAAGGUAAAUGAAUCUGAAUUUAAAAAGAAGUUUCGAGCAUUAGUUGAUAGCUAAGUUACUUAUAAUCUCUCAUAAUAAGCAUCACUUCUAUAGCUCGAAGGCCACUGUAGUUUACUUUAUAAAGGCUCUAAACAUGGGUUUAGAGCUUAAGAUUUCCACUCUAGAUGUGAUAAUAAAGGGCCUACCGUAUCUUUCAUAUUAAGUAAUCAUGGCCAAGUUUUCGGAGGUUACACAUCUGUACCCUGGUAAACUCCCGAAAAGCUUUUUUAACCUAAAAAAGACAGUACUGCAUAUUUAUUCCAAUUAAAUAAGAACUCUAAGCAUCCAAUAUAUCAAAACUUUGUUGAUCACGCAGUUGGCCAUUUUAAGAAUUAAAUAUUAUAAUUCGGACUAGCAGAUAUUCACAUUGAGGAUGAGUGUAAUUUGAAAAAUACGAAUUAAUGUAGUAUUGGUAAUACUUUUAAGCCCCCGAAAAAUUUAAAAUAUGGUGAAAAUGAGAUGAUGGAUUAUUUAGCAGGAGCUAAUAAAUUUAAAGUGUUAGAAAUUGAGGUUUACAAAAUAGAGCAAUGA